GCCACACCACACAAGGCAAUUAGCAAGUAGCAACUACUACUGGUGAAUAGUGAUAACAAUUAACAAGCGGCCGAAGCUCUCCGGCCAUGGCCGCCAAAAUCAAUUCACUCGCAGCUCUCGUAUCUCUCCAAGCUUCACACCAUCACCACCACUCCACGCCCUUCUAUUUUUCUCCAUUUUCUCCACAUCUCUCCACCACCCUCACCUCCCGCCGGCGCUCUCUGAGGUCCGCCGUCGUUGCGCAGUCCACCGCCGGAACCCAGUCCAAGGCCCCCUCCGAUGUCGAUUUAGCCGCCGUUUCUGGUCAAGAUCGUCUCUUGAAGGUUCCAAUAUCAAAUAUCAGGAAUUUCUGCAUAAUUGCUCAUAUUGAUCAUGGGAAAUCAACUUUAGCAGAUAAGUUGCUGCAAAUGACGGGUACGGUACAGAAGCGGGAAAUGAAGGAGCAGUUUCUUGAUAACAUGGAUCUAGAGCGUGAAAGAGGAAUCACAAUCAAACUACAGGCAGCUCGAAUGCGUUAUGUAUUUGAAAAUGAACCAUAUUGCCUGAAUCUAAUUGAUACUCCAGGGCAUGUGGACUUCUCCUAUGAGGUUUCUCGUUCUCUCGCUGCAUGUGAAGGUGCUCUCCUGGUUGUAGAUGCUUCUCAGGGAGUGGAAGCUCAAACACUAGCUAAUGUUUACCUGGCCCUGGAGAACAACUUAGAAAUCAUCCCAGUUUUGAACAAAAUAGAUCUUCCAGGUGCUGAACCAGUUCGUGUUUCUCAGGAGAUUGAAGAGGUUGUUGGGUUAGAUUGUAGCGAUGCAAUACACUGCUCUGCCAAGGAAGGAAUAGGUAUAACUGAAAUUUUGAAUGCAAUUGUUAAACGGAUUCCCCCACCCUGUGAUACUGCAGAAAGACCUUUGAGGGCUUUAAUAUUUGAUAGUUACUAUGAUCCAUAUAGAGGAGUGAUCGUAUAUUUUCGAGUCAUUGAUGGGACUAUAAAGAAAGGUGACAGGAUUUAUUUUAUGGCUAGCAAGAAGGAUUAUUUUGCUGAUGAAAUUGGAGUUUUAUCUCCCAAUCAGUUGCAGGCUGAUGAAUUAUAUGCUGGUGAGGUGGGUUACCUUGCAGCUUCUAUAAGAUCUGUAGCAGAUGCAAGAGUGGGUGACACCAUUACUCACUAUGGUAGGAAGGCGGAAAACUCCCUGCCUGGAUAUGAGGAAGCUACUCCAAUGGUGUUUUGUGGCUUGUUUCCUGUUGAUGCAGACAAGUUUCCUGAUUUACGUGAUGCACUGGAAAAACUUCAACUGAAUGAUGCUGCAUUAAAGUUUGAGCCUGAGACAUCCAGUGCCAUGGGCUUUGGCUUUAGGUGUGGGUUCUUGGGUCUUCUCCAUAUGGAAAUCAUUCAGGAAAGGCUUGAGAGAGAAUACAACUUGACCUUAAUAACUACUGCUCCAAGUGUUGUAUACAGAGUGAACUGUAUAAAUGGUGAUACUGUUGAGUGCUCAAACCCAUCCUUACUUCCUGAACCUGGAAAGAGGACAUCAAUUGAGGAGCCAUAUGUUAAGAUUGAGAUGCUCACUCCAAAAGACUAUAUCGGUCCUCUCAUGGAAUUGGCUCAAGACCGUAGAGGAGAGUUCAAAGAAAUGAAAUUUAUCACUGAGAAUAGAGCAUCAAUUAGCUAUGAAUUACCCUUAGCAGAGAUGGUAGGAGAUUUUUUUGAUCAGCUGAAGUCCAGAAGUAAAGGUUAUGCUAGCAUGGAAUACUCUUUUCUGGGGUACAAGGAGAGUGAAUUAAUAAAACUUGAUAUUCAGAUUAAUGGUGAACGUGUGGAACCAUUGGCAACUAUUGUACACAAAGAUAAGGCGUAUGCUGUGGGGAGAGCAUUGACUCAAAAGCUUAAGGAACUUAUACCACGGCAAAUGUUUAAAGUUCCAAUCCAAGCAUGUAUAGGAGCCAAAGUCAUUGCUAGUGAAUCUUUAUCAGCAAUUAGGAAGGAUGUUCUAUCCAAAUGCUAUGGUGGGGACAUCACAAGGAAAAAGAAAUUGCUUAAGAAACAGGCUGAAGGAAAGAAAAGAAUGAAGGCAAUUGGUAAAGUUGAUGUACCUCAAGAGGCUUUCAUGGCUGUCUUGAAACUUGAAAAGGAGGUAUUAUGAUUGUAUCACUUGAUAGCUUGUAACAAUAUUGUCAAAUACUUAUGGAAAUUCCUUUAAGAAAAAAAAAUUGCUGGAAUCAUGAAGCUUCAUGCAGUUUUCUUUUG